UGAGGUGGUUACACGGCAAAGAGGAGACUGGGUAUGGGGAAGAUUGCUUUUUACCAAAAUGAAUUGGAAUUUGCAAUAAAAUAAACUUACACGAAAAAAUAAAAUAUGAAUCUAUAUAAAUCGAUAUAGAUGUUUAAUUAAAAAUAGGACGAGGUUUAUUUUUCUUAUAAAGUUUUCUUUUUUUUUUUUAAUACAUUUUAUUUAAGUGUAACGUUAGUUCAGACAGUGGCCGUCGCGGUGAAGACAGGUCGUCGGCAUGGCUCUUCGAGGGUGGUUAAUAAACAGACGAAAACGAAAAAGUUAAUUCGGAUCUUUUUGCGACGAUUCAUAUCGCUUCUGGAUUUUAUAAAUAUAUAAUCCUCCAGAUUGUUUCUCUUGUGGAAAUUAUUAUUUCUUUAAAAUGGACGUUCUCUUUCAUGGCGAAGGACUUGUUACUACCGUACUUGUUUUACAAUCGACAAAAAAGUCGCUGAUUGGAAUAAAAAUAAAAAACGUAAAACCUCUUUGGAUUCAUUUACCUGGAAAUUCACUCUCUGUUUUGUGGGAUGAAGCUGGAAUGGGAAGUAACUGUUGCUACUAAUUGAUGGAUUAAUGUGACCCAAGAUUAUCCCUUAUUCCUAGCGUUAUUAUUUAACAAUGUACUUCAUAUUAUGAAAUGCAUUGCUAGUUUAAUAUAUGAAUAUAUGUUUGGGACUUCCCGGGCCUAUGCAACUAAUCUAUUUUUUCUUGUUUUUAUUUUAGUUUGGCAGAUUGCAUUCGGAUAAUCAAAAGCAGGAGGCCUAUGAAUUGCAGGUUCAUGGUUGGCCAACAGUGUAGAAAAAAUAAUGGUUGUUUGUUUGAAAUCUUGAAAGAUAUUAUGAAUUUAGUUUUGAUUUGCUUGUUAAAUCAAACCCACUCCUGUUACAAACAUUACAUAAUCUACGGUAUGUGGGGGAUAAAGUAAUCGUACUGUAUAAUUCUCGUUGGGUACACAGAAGGCAACCUCACGAAGUGUUUGAAAGUACAACUACAAUAAAAAGGAACGAGGCGAAAUCAUUCGUACUUUUUUGCUGUUAGAAACUUACAGUACGUUUUAAUUUGAAGAAAAAGAAAACAAGAAGUAAAUAUGUCGGUAUAUUCCGAGUUCGUCCCUCCACCGGAAUGCCCGGUGUUUGAGCCGAGUUGGGAGGAUUUUUCUGACCCUUUGGGAUUUAUCAACAAGAUCCGACCCAUCGCCGAAAAAACUGGCAUCUGCAAAAUCAGACCACCCGAGGACUGGCAGCCUCCCUUUGCCUGUGAUGUGAGGAACUUCCGUUUCAAUCCCAGAGUGCAGAGGCUGAAUGAACUGGAGGCACUGACCAGAGUGAAGCUGAACUUUCUGGAUCAGAUUGCAAAGUUCUGGGAGCUACAGGGUUCAAUGCUGAGAAUCCCUCAUGUCGAGAGAAAGAUUCUUGAUCUGUAUCUUCUUAGUAAGAUUGUGUCCAGCGAGGGUGGUUUUGAGACCGUCUGUAAGGAGAAAAGAUGGUCUAAGGUAGCUAACCGGAUGGGGUAUCCCCCAGGAAAAGGAACAGGCUCUCUUCUGCGCUCCCACUUUGAGAGGAUCCUCUUCCCUUAUGAGCUGUUCCAGUGCGGGGCCACGCUAUCGGGAAUCCACAAGCUGGCCGAAGGGAACGAGGACAGAGAGGAGGAGGAUGAGGAGGAGGAGGAGGAGGACGAGGAAGAUGAAGAGGAUGGGGGUGAGGAAAAGCAGGAGGAAGAGGCAGUAGAGGAGGAAGAAGAGAAGCUGAGCGAAGGGUCUCAAUGUCCGCACAAAGACCCCAUACUUCAAGGAAACAACCCUCGCGAGCGAAGAUCGAGGCACCUGAGGUCCUCAGAGGUAAUGACAGGAAUACCAGUGGUACCGACAAUUCUUGCUUUUAAAGAGCAUGGAUUUAAUAAGAAGCAUCGUAACCUUAAGUCCCACGCCUUUGCUCUAAAGAUGCAGCCACGCAAGGAGACUCUGGAGGUUAACUUUAUUGACCUGUACGUGUGCCUGGCAUGUGGCCGUGGAGACGAGGAGGACCGGCUUCUCCUGUGUGAUGGAUGUGAUGACAGCUACCACACCUUCUGCCUCAUCCCCCCUCUCCAAGACGUUCCCAAAGGGGACUGGCGCUGCCCCAAGUGUCUGGCGACCGAGUGCAGCAAGCCGCAUGAAGCCUUUGGUUUUGAGCAGGCUGUGAGAGAGUACACACUGCAGAGCUUUGGGGAGAUGGCAGACCACUUCAAGUCUGAUUACUUCAACAUGCCUGUACAUAUGGUGCCCACUGAAUUGGUGGAGAAGGAGUUUUGGCGUCUGGUCAGCAGUAUUGACGAGGAUGUGAUCGUAGAGUAUGGGGCUGACAUCAGCUCCAAGGAUGUCGGGAGCGGCUUUCCUGUUCGGGAUGGCAAGAGGAAACUCCACCCAGAUGAGGAGGAGUAUGCAAACUCAGGCUGGAACCUGAAUAACAUGCCUGUGCUGGAGCAGUCAGUGCUGGCACACAUUAAUGUGGAUAUCUCUGGGAUGAAGGUGCCCUGGCUAUAUGUGGGAAUGUGCUUCUCUUCAUUCUGCUGGCACAUUGAGGAUCAUUGGAGCUACUCCAUCAACUACCUUCACUGGGGUGAGCCGAAGACUUGGUAUGGUGUUCCUGCACAUGCGGCUCAGAAGUUGGAGGCGGUGAUGAAGAAGCUGGCCCCAGAGCUGUUUGAUUCUCAGCCUGAUCUCUUACACCAGCUGGUUACCAUAAUGAACCCCAAUGUGCUCAUUGAACACGGAGUGCCUGUAUUCAGGACCAAUCAAUGUGCAGGAGAGUUUGUAGUGACCUUCCCACGAGCUUAUCACAGCGGCUUUAACCAGGGCUAUAACUUUGCUGAAGCAGUCAAUUUCUGUACUGCAGACUGGCUGCCGAUCGGUCGCCAGUGUGUUUCUCAUUACCGGCGCCUCCAUCGCUACUGUGUCUUCUCACACGAGGAGCUUAUCUGCAAGAUGGUGGCAGACCCAGAGAGCCUGGACGUGGAGUUGGCUGCUACCGUCUUCAGGGAGAUGGAGGAAAUGAUAGCUGAGGAAACCCGGCUCAGAGAGGCUGUCCUACAGAUGGGUGUGCUGGCCUCGGAGCAGGAAGUAUUUGAGCUGGUCCCGGAUGACGAGCGCCAGUGUGAGAAGUGCAAGACCACCUGCUUCCUGUCAGCCCUUACCUGCUCCUGUAACCCUGACCGGCUGGUGUGUCUACACCACGCUGCAGACCUCUGCAGCUGUCCCCUGCUCAGCAAGUGCCUCAGGUACAGAUAUGCCCUGGAGGAGUUCCCCUCCAUGUUGUAUGGGGUGAAGUCUCGGGCUCAAUCCUAUGACGCUUGGGCGAAAAGAGUAACAGAGGCAUUGGAUUCAGACCACAAAAACAAGAAAGAUCUGAUUGAGCUGAAGGUGCUGUUGGAAGAUGCAGAGGACAGGAAAUAUCCAGAGAACAAUCUGUUUCGCAAGCUGCGGGAAAUGGUGAAAGAGGCAGAGACCUGCUCCUCAGUUGCUCAGCUGCUGCUCAGUCGCAAGCAAAGGCAUAGGCAGCGUCCGGAGAGCAGUAAGACUCGCAGCAAGCUGACUGUGGAGGAGUUGAAGGCCUUUGUUGACCAGCUUUUCCGCCUGCCCUGUGUCAUCAGCCAGGCUCGACUUGUGAAGGAGCUCCUGGAGAAUGUGGAGGAGUUCCAUGAGCGUGCACAGGCGGCACUGGUGGAUGAGACCCCUGACUCCUCCAAGCUGCAGGCUCUGCUAGACAUGGGUGCUGGAUUGGACGUGGAGCUGCCCCAACUGCCCCGGCUCAAGCAAGAACUGCAGCAGGCCCGCUGGCUGGACGAGGUGUGCCUGACCCUGGCUGAACCGCACCGUGUCACCCUGGAUGUCAUGAAAAGGCUCAUUGACUCGGGCGUGGGCCUGGCGCCGCACCACGCUGUCGAGAAGGCCAUGGCUGAGCUGCAGGAGAUACUCACUGUGUCUGAGCGCUGGGAGGACAAGGCCAAGACCUGCUUACAGGCCAGACCACGCCACAGCAUGGUCACCCUGGAGAGCAUUGUGAAAGAGGCAAAAAACAUCCCAGCAUUCCUUCCUAAUGUGCUGGCUCUGAGAGAUGCGCUACAGAAAGCCAAAGACUGGACUGGAAAAGUAGAAGCCAUCCAGAAUGGGAGUAACUAUGCCUACCUGGACCAGUUGGAAAGCUUGCUGGUGCGUGGCCGGCCAAUCCCAGUAAGACUGGACGCCCUACCUCAGGUAGAGUCUCAGGUGGCCUCAGCCCGAGCCUGGCGAGAGAGGACCGGCAGGACGUUCUUAAAGAAGAACUCCAUCUACACACUCCUGCAGGUGUUGAGCCCCAGACAGGAUAUUGGGGUCUACGGGAGCAGUAAGAGCAAGAGGAAACGGGCCAAGGAGCUUCUGGAGAAGGAGAGAGACCUGGAGAUGGAGUGCCUGAGCGACCUGGAAGAGGGGGCCGAGGAGGCACGUGACCCAGCUGCUGUCGUGGCCGCCUUCAAAACCAAGGAACAAAAGGAAACUGAAGCCAUGCACUCCCUGCGGGCAGCCAACCUGGCAAAAAUGGCAAUGGCGGACCGCAUUGAGGAAGUAAAGUUCUGCCUGUGCCGGAAAACAGCCAGCGGUUUCAUGUUGCAGUGUGAGCUGUGCAAGGACUGGUUCCACAGCACCUGCGUGCCCUUACCUAAGACCGGUUCCCAGAAGAAGGGUCUAGGCUGGCAGAGCAAAGAGGUUAAGUUCCUGUGUCCGCUGUGUCAGCGUUCACGCCGGCCUAGGCUGGAGACCAUCCUCUCACUGCUGGUCUCCCUACAGAAGCUACCGGUCAGACUCCCAGAGGGUGAGGCCCUGCAGUGCCUGACCGAGAGAGCCAUGGGCUGGCAGGACCGCGCAAGACAGGCCCUGGCCACGGAGGAGCUGUCCUCAGCUCUGGCUAAACUCUCUGUGCUCAGUCAGCGGAUGGUAGAACAAGCGGCCAGGGAGAAGACAGAGAAGAUCAUCAACGCAGAGCUGCAGAAAGCAGCAGCCAACCCUGAUCUGCAGGGACACCUGCAUACGUUCCAGCAGUCUGGCUUCAGUCGGGUCAUGGGAGGAGUUGCCACAUCGCCGAGGCAGUCUGUGGAAUACGAUGACGAGGAGACAGAUUCAGAUGAAGACAUCCGCGAGACAUACAGAUACGACAUGAAGGACGCAGCAAGUGUGAAGUCUUUUGGCAGCCUUGAACCAAACCUGUUCUGUGACGAGGAAAUUCCCAUCAAGUCAGAAGAGGUUGUGACCCACAUGUGGCCGACGACGCCCUCCUUCUGUGCUGAACACGCUUACUCCUCAGCCUCAAAAUCCUCCACUCAAAGUGUGAGCACUCCUCGGAAGCAGUCCCGGAAGACCCCCCUGGUCCCACGUAGCCUGGAGCCCCCUGUGCUCCAGCUGUCCCCCUGCGCCAAGGCCCAGUUGGAGGAGCUGAUGAUGGUGGGAGACCUCCUGGAGGUGUCUCUAGAUGAGACGCAGCACAUCUGGAGGAUCCUUCAGGCCACUCACCCUCCUUCAGAGGAGAGGGUCCUGCAGGUCAUGGAGGGUGAAGGGCUGGUGGAAAAACCCAUGAAGCUCAAGGUGAAGGACUCCUCGGAAAAGGACUCCUUGGAAAAGAAGCGUAAGCGCAAGCUGGAGAAAGCGGAGCAGCUGCUACUGGUAGCCGGUGAAGGACGGCCCAGAUCCAAGGAGCUGAAGAAGGCAGAGGGCAAGCCCAAGAAGAAGAAGCUGAAACUCAACACGGAGAAGUCCAAAGAACUCAAACAGCUAGCCAAGCGGCUGGCCAAGGAGGAGAAGGAGAAGAAGAGGAAGGAGAAAGCGGCGGCAAAGGCUGAGGUGUCCAAAGAGAUAAUUGAUAAGAAGAAAGAGAAGAAGGUGCUCGACAUCCCCUCCAAGUAUGACUGGUCUGGGGCAGAGGACUCAGAUGAUGAGAACGCGGUGUGCGCUGCAAAGAGCUGCCAGCGACCCUGCAAGGACAAGGUAGACUGGGUGCAAUGUGACGGCGGCUGUGACGAGUGGUUCCACCAGGUCUGUGUAGGAGUCACGUGCGAAAUGGCAGAGAACGAGGACUAUAUCUGCACAGCUUGCUCUCGGAAAGCUGCACCAGGAAGGGGGGUGUCGGAGGAGAGCCUAGGACUGGCACUACCUGUAUGCACUCGGAGCCUACCUUCCCCCUCACUGGAACUACAAGCGAGCAGCUAGCAGGACCGCCUCAGCUGUUUUUUUUUUUUUUUUUUUUUUUCCCCCCCCCCCCCCCCCCCCAACGUAAUGGGAACAAACAUCUGUUUCAGAAGGAUACAGGCAACUUGAUGAGCACAGUUCCCAGCUUGCCAUGCUAUUGGCUUUGGCAUCUCCUGACUGAUUGGCCUGUUGGGGAAGAGUGCUCCUGUUAAGUAGACCUUAGAAGUGGUGCUUUGACUCCUCUGUUCUACAGAGUUAGAGUAGUGUACACCAGCCAAAUAUCUAUGUGGUCUGAUGCUUGUGGCUUCACAGUGGUUUGCAAUGGCACAGCUUUGGUGGGUGAGCAGGACAGACGGGUUCCUUUCUCAGGCGGAUUCAAAAAAAAUUAUUUGGUUAAAAAAUAAAAUCAACUCUGGGGGUUGGCCACAGUACCACAGCCAAUCACAGGGAAGGUGGGCGUGUCAUCAGUUUAACAUACCUGGAAUACAAUAAAUAAAUAAAUAAAUAAACAGCACUGUGGUGUUUUAUCUUGUAUUUCUACAGGGUAGGUUACGAAAUCUCUGAGGUGCUGCCUUUCCAGAGGCUUUCAAAUAAAUUCGUAGUUUUUUCAUUAGAUGGUGACCACUUGAGAAAAAAUAUUAUAUGGGACUCCAGAAAGUUGAUGACCGUGUAAGAAGCAACUUUUGACAGUGAGGUUGGUUUUUGCUGCCCAUUGAGAGGAGUUCUGUUGUCUUAGGUUUUUGGGAGGGGGAAAUGUUAUUUCUAUAAAUAAGGUCUAUUGUGUAACCACAGAGUUUUGUUGAACACUGAACUUUUCUUUAAGCUCCCCUCUGUAAAAAGGCUACCUACAAUUUGGCCACUUUUACAGUCUAGAUGGGCUCCUAUUGACAUUAGUAUAAAGCCACCUUCAUUUAAUGUGACUUCUAUAUUCAGUAUUAAAGCCAACAUCCCCUUUCUAGUAAGAAUGACAUACUCAAAACAAACCAGCUUAACACAUGGAUGCAAUGUGGUGUAACUAGUGUAAACACUUUCUAUGGAAGAAAAAUCAGUAUCAUCCAAGUACAUUUCAUCAACAAAACUGUGUCCCUUCAUUAGUAAGGCCACGUUAUGUUGGUCCCUUGGCUGGCCUUUAGUUUUCAUUGUAUUUACUUGUCUUUUUAUGUCGUCCACCCCCCCCCCAAUUUGAAAUUGAGUUCUAGGUUUAUACCUUGGGCUAUCAAUCUGCUUCCUUGUACACCAUAAAGCUGAAUAGGUAUGUGAAUGAAAUAAUCACAGCACUGUGUCAAUGUUCAGGGAGUAUUUGUUUUACAUAACAAGUAUAAUGUUUGGAAAAUACAUUUCAAAUCUAUAUUUACAGCUGAUAUCAGAAUUACUUUGCUUAUAUCAAGGACUCCAUCUGUUUAGCCCACAGCGCAAUUUGGAACUGUGCGAUUCUCCCGGUCAUUGUAUUUAAAUACAUUCUAAAAUUAGAUCCUUUUUGGCAAUGAGCCGAGUUGUUAAUGUUUUAAAAACUAAUUUUAAACUUAAACUAAAAGUGUAUUUGUCAGCACUGAUUACACAAUAGUUAGUGAGUUCCACUUUCAUCCAUUGACUACAGUAAAAACUAUGUACUGUUCAGUGAAGCAGCAUAUUUAAAUCAACCUUCUGACCUAGUCUUUCAAAACAGGAUUGUUUAGUUCGGUCUUCAACACUAUAAACUAAGCCACAUGGCCUCUUUUGUCUACGGUCAAUUAAAAUGUUUUCAGCUCUGUAGACUUCAGUUUGUGCAUUGAGAAAUGUGCACAUGAUUGCAUAGUUCACCAGUAGUGUAUAAAGGGCUGCCUUUGGCUCUCACUUUCUCGUAGAGAAUGCAUGACGUAUAGGGCUUUCAUUCCAAGUGUACAGACAGUAAUAUUGUGCAAACUAUGUUAUAAGAGGGUGGAGAGUGUUGCAUUGUCUUUUGACUUUACGCAUUUCUGUACUAUAAAUCUGUUUUGUUUAAAAGCUGAUUUCUCUGUUUUGUAAAGGUGUUUUUUUGUGGGUUUUUUUUUUUUUUUUUUGUAGGCUUACCAAAAUAAUAACUGUCAGAACAGUAAGUGCAGAAUAGACCUUUUCGCUGUAGUCUAUUCAGUCAGUGUGUCUGAUUUGUAAUUUCCUCCAUCAAUCUUUUCACUAACAGAAGUCAUAUGUAUUCUAGUAUUUCUUUGUCCUCAAACCCCAUCAUUAAAUGGUCAAACAGGGAGUAGAUGCAGGGAUAGCAGGGGGGCUAGUUUUAAUGAUGUAAGUGAAAUCAGAUUUAAAUACUGCUUCUCUUGAACCAUCUCCCACUGCCCUCCCAGGUGAUGACUGGAGCCCUGCUUAGAUAAUUUAAAAAGACCCCUGGUGGAUAAACCAAAUGUGCAUGUAUGUGGUACAGAACAACUUACUUUUGCUAUUAAAGAAACAGACUUGUAUCUUUAUUUGUUGUGCUUUAUCGUGCUGGAACCCUGCUUCUGCCUGAAGAAAUUGUAUUUUUUUUUUUGUACUGUCUGCUUUGACAGGUCAAAGAGACUGCAAACAAAAAUAGGGAUUAUCUUGCACUGUUAACCUGUCCUUGUGGAGCAAGGAAGUAGCAGUACAUGCUACCUAAAAUAGUAUGUACAGACUACAAAACCAGUUCCAUCCUCAUUACCUCUCUGCCCCUAAAGGGUUACAGGAAUAAAAUAAAAAAAACAAC